GGCUGGACUUCCCGGGGCACAGGCCGCCGCCCCCGCCCCCGCCCCCAUUGGGAGCCGAGCCUGCAGAAGUUCCAGUUUCCAGACCUGACGUGAUCUCCUGGCUGGAGUGAAAGGAGGAGCUGUGGGGCCCCAGUCUCCAGGGAGGGGAGGAAAGAGAGAUACUGAGAUGUGCCCACAGAGGUGAUGGGACGGUGAGUGAGACCGAGGAGGAGAACCCUCAGCUAGGAGUCCGGAGCAGGUGGAACCACAUAGGACAGUUUGGGAAGAUCCAAGUUGGAAGCUGCUGGAUGCACAGAGAAUAUUUCUGUUCAGAUAAAAUUGCUGUAAGUUAACCAGCAAUAGCUGUCUGAACAGACUGGAGUCAGACGUGCAAUGCUACCGUAAAUACUGAGACGUUCACUUGCAACGCAGACCUGGUAGUUCUGAAGCUGAGAGCCCUUCCUCUGCCACCAGCCUCUGCCCUUCCCUGUAGGAUCCAGCAGGCAGCCUUGCUACGUGCAGGAGAAAAGUUGAACAAGCAUUAACAGAAAACUGCACAAGACCAGACUGAUACCCAACUGAUUCUCUUUUCCAAAAUGAUUUUGCUUUGUAGCCUCACUUUAAUUCAUUAAUUGUGAGGCACCUCCUGGACUAAGGGUCUGUGUGACUGUAGAGAAGCUGGAGGGCAGCAAUUCUGUAAUGGCUGAGAAGUUUCUCCUGGUUUCAUAAGGGUCACGCUCACUGACUCGCUCACCCAGGGCUUGUGUGGUCGUCUGGACAUCAGGGAGAUGGAGGAUUCCUCGAUGUGCCCCGGCUCUGUGAGGUCACUGCCGCUGCUUGGCUUCACCAUUUCCCUCAUUUCUCUCCACGUUCCCCGGCUGGACUCAGUGAGUUUCAAGGUGAUUGGACCCGAUCGCCCCAUCAGGGCCCUUGUGGGAGAAGAUGCUCUGUUAGCCUGUCACCUCUCCCCCAGGAUGAGCGCUGAGAGCAUGGAGGUGCGCUGGUUCCGAUCCACGUUCUCUGCAAUUGUCCAUCUCUAUCGGGAUGGGAGAGAUCAGGUUGGCCAGCAGAUCGCACCGUAUCGAAGCAGGACGAAGCUACUGAAGGACAGUAUUGCUAAUGGGACUGUCUCCUUGAGGAUACACAACAUCACCCCCUCUGAUGAAGGGACUUACGGCUGCCUCUUCCAAUCACCCACCUUUUACGAAGAAGCUGCCUUGGAACUGGAGGUGGCUGGUCUGGGCUCCACCCCUCACCUUUCUGUCGAUGGCUAUCAGCAUGGAGGGAUCCACGUGGUGUGUGAAUCGGCUGGAUGGUAUCCGGAGCCCCAAGUGCUGUGGAGAGACCUCAGGGGGCAGCGACUAGCCCCAGUGAUGGAGAAAAUAUCCCAGCGAACUGACAGGCUGUUUGAUACUCACAUUGCUACUGUUAUAACAGACGCUUCGAACCAGAACCUGUCCUGCUCUGUCCUCAACCCCCGUCUCGGCCAAGAGAAAACAGCAAAGAUGCACAUAGCAGAUGUGUUCCUCCCAAGGACCAAUCCCUACCAGGUGGCUCUGUCCGUGACCCUGGCUGGUGUGUUUCUUCUCAUUCUCUUGGCCAGUUACUGCUUCUGGAAGCAGCACAGAGGAAAAGACGCUCAGCAAGCUGAACUGAAGGAAAAGAUACAAAAUCUGCAAUCUGAACUGGAGAAAGAGAGAGAGAUUCUGCGCUCUGAGCUGGAGAACGAGAGAGGGAAAUCCCUGGCUGAACUUGGCUGGAGUAAAGUCAGCAAAAAUUCAGCGAUGGUGAUUCUGGAUCCGGACACGGCUCACCCCAGCCUCCUGGUCUCUGAGAAUCGGCGAUCUGUGAAAUGGAGGGGCCUGCAGCAGGAUGUGCCUGACAACCCUGAGAGAUUUGACAGUGAAACCUGCGUGCUGGGCUUGGAAGGGUUCACCUCGGGGCAACACUACUGGGAGGUAGAGGUCGGGGGUGGUAGGACCUGGGCUGUGGGGGUGGCCAGAGAGUCUGUCAGGAGAAAGGGCUGGAUCAAAUUUUCUCCUGAGGAGAUGAUCUGGGCUGUGGAUCAGUGUGGGAGCCAUUACCGGGCUCGUACCUCCCCAGAGACUCUCCUGCCCCUGACUGGGAGCCCCAGGAGGAUUGGGGUGUUUCUGGACUAUGAGCAGGGCCUGGUGUCAUUUUAUCACCCUGGUAUGGAGGCCCCAAUCUACAUUUUCACCACUUCUUUCACUGGGCAGCUCCAUCCUUUCUUCUGGGUCUACUCCCCAAUCACGCUGUGUUCCUGAGAUAUGGCAUGGGGGGAUAGCACCUCUCAUUGGUCAAAGACUUUUUUGUUCUGUUGUUUUUCUGAAAUGGACUAACUUUUCAUUUUUAAAUGUUUUCCAUUAAAUAUAAGAACAUAAGAAUGGCCGCACUGGGUCAGACCAAAGGUCCAUCCAGCCCAGUAUCCUGUCUAUCAACAGUGGCCAAUGCC